AUGAAGUUAGGCAAAGAUUGGUGUGUGGUUCAAAAAGCUAAUCCUCGUAGCUCUUAUGAAGUUCUUGAAUCUGAACAAGGAGCGGUUGAUGAGAUUAUCCAAGAAGAAGAACCAGGAUUUGUUUUAUGUGUGGACCUUGGAGAGAUUCCACAACUUGUUAGGGAUGUACCAUCACUUAACAGCAUUGAUGCCACAAUUGUGAAUGCUGCCACUGCAGAGACUUGUAUUGAAAAUGACUACGAUGAUGAAUUUAUUUAUGAUGAAGAUUGUGAUGUUGAUUGUGGUGAUGAAGCUCUAGCUAAUGGUUUUGUUGAAAAUGAAGGGUUGUGGACGGAUGAUGAUGAUUAUGUUGAUGAUGAUAGUCCUGGCAAGGGAAGAAAACCUUUAGUGAAGAAAAGAAGACUUGAGUCUCUCGGGCUUAGAGAUUCCGUAUCAUCCCAAGGUCAGAAAUCAGCUCAAGGAAUGUCUACUUCAACCACUGAGCAUAAUGUUUCAACAAGUGUUUCACCUUUUCACUUAAGAGAUGAAAAUGAUGAAGAGACACCUUUGGCAGGCGAUUCAGAUAUUCCCUUGACUCCCAUGUCUGCUUGUUCAGCAAAAUCAUCUACAUUUGGUAAAAGAGGACCAACCAGAAACCUUAGUGGGCGUAAAAAUGAUGAUGAUGCUCCACACAAAGUUAAACUCGAUGAUUGUUACAAACGUGUUGUAGGUCCUGAUUCACAAUCAUUCAUCAAUGAAUCUAGUGCUGUUGCUCGCAAGUUUGGGAAGCACAAUGUUCCAAAAUGGUCUCAGCUGGAAAAGGAAGACCGAGAAGCCAUGUGCCAAAGGGUUAUGGCUAAGUUUCCUGAUGAUGUUAUGGAUGCAAAGAUGAAGAAAGCUGUUGAACAGCAAGUCAAUAAACAUACAGAAAUUGCUGACAUAAGCAUAGCAAUGAGUAAGCGCAACACAGAGAAUCGAGCCAAAAACAAAGAGCCAAACUUUACGGGAAUUCUUGCAAGGUUCGCUGAGCAGCAGGAAAGGAUUCGGAAUGAAAAAAAAACUCCUAUUGACUUAUUUGAAUAUAGUCGAACCUCAAGGAAGACAGGAACUAUGCCUGGGGAAACAUCAAAAACAACUUUGGGUCAAAUGAGAGACUUGGAAAGUGCCGGUUAUGAACCUAAAGAGAUUUGCAUUGCAAUAGUUGGGAAACUACCUGGAAGUGCUGGACGUGCCUUAUCCAAAAGUUAUUAUGUUGAAGAAGUUCACCAUGAAAAGGAAAGAGCUGAUGUGGCAGAAAAAGAAAGGAAAGAAACAGAUGCAAAGUUAGAAAAGAUGGCAGUGGAACAAGAAACACUGAAAAAAAUGCUGGUAGCUAAAAAUGAAGUGCUCAAAGAGUCUUUGGCCGUCUUACUAGAGAGGGUUAAUCGCAUGGAAGCUCAACAUAAUGCGUAA